ACACGGCAGUCACCGCGUCGCGGUUACCAAGGGGUGGAGAAGGCAGUGGCAGGCGCCACCGUGGAGCGGCCCCGAGAUCCUCAGGAGGCUCGCAGGCGCGCAUCCCGCCUGACCGGGACGUCUGCCCCGCGGACGCCUCGGAGGCGGAAGCGACGCCGGAGGCAGGUGAAGAAACAAAAAAAAAAAGAAGUCAAGGGGCCUUUCCCAAGGCCAAAUAUCAAGAAGAUGGCCUCCUCAGGAAUCUACAAGCUGGAUGAUGGGAAUCCUUACCUGAACAACUGCUUUCCAGCCAAAAAUCUGCUUCGCAUGCCAGAGGAAGGCCGAGGAUACUGGUUAGUGGCUCGGAAAUGUAACCUCAAGAGGAGGCCCAAGGGUGUGGUUGAGGCACCAGCAGAAGGUCAGGAAAGCCAGAAGAAGGUUUCUUUAGAGGUCGGAGGGAAGAAAGGGUCUCGACGGGAAAACCAAGUGGACAUUCCUGGACGUGUACUGGACCGGGCUUUUCUGCUGAAGCACCACUGUGUGAGGAAGCCAUCGGACCUGUGCAACGUUAAUGUCAGCGGCCUGAAGUUCUCCAAGGCUAAGGAAAAGGACUUCAAGCAUUUUCAUUCUGUGAUUUACGUCAAUGCCUCAGAAAACCUCCUGCCUCUAGAGGCAUUUCACACAUUUCCAGCCUUAAAGGAACUGGAGCUCGCAUUUAACGGCAUCAAAACAGUCUACGUGAAAUAUGGAGACUUUAAGUUCUUGGAAUUCCUGGACCUUUCCUUCAACAGCCUGACUGCGGAGGCCAUUUGUGAUCUGGGGAUUCUGCCACACCUCCGGGUCCUGCUCCUCACAGGCAAUGGGCUCACCUCCCUGCCACCCAAUUUGGCUGUCACAGAGCAGGAGGCAUCUGUAACAUCACUGACAAGAAAGAGGUAUAUCCUGAGGUUCCCAGCGCUGGAGACACUGAUGCUGGAUGACAAUGAACUCUCCAGCCCCAACUGCUUUGCCAGCCUGGCUGGGCUCCGGAGACUGAAGAAGUUAAGCCUGGACCAAAACAAGAUUUUCCGGAUCCCGUACCUACAGCAGGUUCAGCUCCGAGAUGGGUCAGGGGACUGGGUUGGAGGCAGGGGGAGUCCCCGGAAAACCAUGCUGCAGCCCAAGUCUUGGAUGUUUGAGGCCUCAGAGGAGCAACCGGAUUAUACUGUACUGCCCAUGAAAAAGGAUGUUGACCGGACAGAGGUUAUAUUCUCAUCUUACCCUGGAUUUUCAACCUCAGAGACAACCAAGGUAUGUGCACUUCCUCCCAUAUUCGAGAUUCUUCCCGUGAAGUCACUGAAGGCCAGGAACCAGACGCUAGCCCCGCCCUUCCCAGAGCUGAGGUACCUUAGCCUGGCCUACAACAAGAUUGCGAAGGAAGAUGCCAUCCUGCCGGUAGCUCUCUUUCCAUCUCUCUGUGAGCUCAUCUUUCAUAACAACCCUCUGGUGGCCCAUACACGAGGGGUCCCUCCACUGCUAAAAAGCUUCCUCCAGGAGCGGCUGGGGAUCCACUUAAUUCGAAGGAAGACAGUCAAGGCUAAGCACCAUAUUUUGAUGCCUCGGAAGGACUCACGGAAGGUGAAAACCCAAGUCCCAAAGGUGCCAAAGCAGCCUCUGCUUCUCCAUCACCUACCUAUGACCACAGUCAAGUCUUCCUCGAAGGAGAUGCUGGAGUCAGAGGCAGGGCUGACUGAAGAGCUGUCCACUGCCAAAAGCACUUCUCUGAAGCCAGAGAUGCCUAUCGAGGGCUUGGAGGGCCUUUCUGUGUCCCACCGGACAUUUCUGCCACUGCCUCCCAUCUGCUCCAACUCCACGGUGCAGAGUGAAGAGUCUACAUCCCACCGGAGCAACACAGCCCACCGCCUCAGCCUGGAGCACCCAUCGGAUGAGGACACCAAGAGCACAGAGUCCAUCUUCUUGACCCAGGUUAGUGAGCUGCCUUCCUCCACCCUCCAGAGGGAGGAUUCAGAGAUGAAGGAGAAAAACCAAAGAGCACCACGCACAGCACCCAGAGAGUUGAAGAAGACUCGGAGGAAGCUCCCAUCUGCCUCCAUCCCCAGCAAGUUCCAUGGCUAUGAGGAGCUGCUGACAGCCAAGCCUGAUCCAGCCUUCAUUGAGCCGAAGGGAAUCCAGAAGAAUGCCCAGGCUCUGCAGCACAUGCUGAAGCACCCACUGCUGUACCGCUCCUCCAAGCCCAGGCUCGACACUCUUCAGAAACACUAUGUUCCCAAGGAGAAACGGGUAAACCUCUGCCUCCCGAGUGCGAAUGGCCCCUCAGGACUGCCACAGGCCCAGAGGCUCCCUAUUCCACCCCCAAGGAAGACUCGAGCCCAGCUGCUGGAUGACAUCCUCAUUCGCAUGCGGGACCCCCGGAACAUUACAGAGGCUCCACUAGGAGCUGUCCUGCACCAGCGGAAGGAGCAGCGGCUAGUGAACCAGAAGCAGUAUCUGGAGGCCAAGCGGCUGCUGAAGGAGUUUCGGGCACGCUACCGGAGGCUGGUGCGCUGCUCGCUGCGGACGGUGUUCAGGGCCACUGCGCCGCCCCCAGCCCACCCGGCGCUGAGCGAGGGCCAGCCUAAGUUCGGCCGUUUCCUCGAAUUCAUGGAUGAGUUCUGCCAGGAGCCCACGGCAGGUGACUCAAAAGGCUAGGGCUGUGCACGGGGCCAUGCGCACCACCCGUCCUGUGCCCCACACUCUCCCAGAGGGCUUCAUGCCCUCCACUGAACCUCGGGGCUGGCUGGGCCAGGUGCGGGCCUCUGAGUUUGGCUCGGCCUUACUCACUGGCUGCAGAGUGGGGAGCUCGUCAGGACCUCCCCUCUCUGGGCCAGGCAGGCCCCAGCGCCUGGCACAGCAGCAAUAAAGAGUGGGUGCAUAGAGCAAGGUAGCCUGCGUCCUGUCUUGGAGACUGGGCUGGGCUGUCACACUGGAGAAGGAUCCCCGGCUGAUGCGCAUCCCUAAAGCCCUGUGGGAAACAUGCCAGAGCCCCACAUGUCCAACUGUGAUUGCUGUGAUAAGCACUAGGACAGAAAACGGGGUUGAUGGAACAGAGAUGCAGCACAGAAUCCGAGGCUCAGAGAAGUUAACUAACUCACCCACAGCCAAUAAAGUGUGUGUGUUGGGGUGAGGUUGAGAGGGCAAAACUGAGCCUCCAGGCCCCAGAAAUGGUCCUUUUUCUAUUGGGCAGCUUUUUCCAUUGUGAAGGCAAAUGGGGGGUGAGGGGGAAGAGAGGAUUGGGAAUUCCCUUAUCAGAUGGCCAUGGCCACAAAGGUGGGACAAGUUGAGGGGAGGGCUUAUGUGCAGUUUCCCAAGGUCCUCUAACC